AUAUUUUCUGGAACUACACGAUUUGGGUAACAAAAAUUACUACUUCAUUCAAAGAUUGAUAAUACAAUACAAAGAAAAACAUUCAAAAUAAAAAGUAGUUAAUUAAAAAAGGAAGGUGCAACAGCACACGGGGUCCAAUGGGGACAUCACCCCAAGAAUUAAUUAACUUACUUUUUACGGUCUGAAUUAACUAAUUAUUUAUUACCUGAAUUAACUAACUAUCUAUGACCUGUCUGAAAACAAGAAGUGCUGUGGAACACACCUAAGUCAACGCCCAAGAAAAAAUCAAUUUAAACACGACUUACCACUUUAACAAUAAAAAUUGGGAACCUUCAUUGAGCGAAAAAAUAUUAGUGCAAUGUUUCGAUGAAAAAGGAACUCGCUGGCAAUCUUAAAGAAGCAAUAUACUUUCAAGGGUUAAAUAAUUUAUAUUGAAUCAUUAUCAUUGUAAACCCGUUUUUUACCAAAAAACAAUAGAAAUUCUGUACAGUGAAAUGUAAUUCACAAUGUUUAACUCUCUGUGCCAAAAUAGUAUUACAAUUAAAACGAAGUAAGCGCUAAAAAAUCGAAUUUUAUUUAACCAGGAAAACCAUCAAUCAAACCAUCGAAAAGACCAUAUGUUAUCAGCGAAAGUAAAUAACACUAUUUACAUAACAGUCGUCACAUUUUCCUGCAAAUUUUGGUCACAAGAAAGUCGUGUCACUGUUUGAUUUGCUUUGAACACAGCGGCGCUGAUGUAAUCUGCAUAAGCCAUCUUUGCAGCACAAACAGGCAAUUAGAGCAAGACUGUGAAAGUUCAUUUAAACGAGGAGGGCGCAGAACGGCUAUCUCUGCUUUUAGAGCUCUGCUGAGAAAAUUGAUCGCCUGGUAUUGAUACGUCCAAAAGAAAAAAGCCGGGAUGCGCUAAUGACUGCAAUGCACAGCUAGUGGACUGCAGAAUGAACAGCGAGAAUGAAUAAUUCAUUUGUUAUAAGUACACGUUUUUCAUCGAAAUGAUUAAAACAAGCUGGUCAAAUGCGAAAGACAGAGUAAAUUAUAUGCCAGAGUUCUUUGGGUAUGAAAUUUAGUGAAUGAGUCAACAGCCAACAAACGACAUGGGUUAUUUUGCUUCUAGUAUUUUUAAUUCUCGACAAUUAAAAGACAAUUAAAGGAAACGCCGAAGGAGGAACGAAAGAACGCUAGGAUACCAAACAGAUUCGAGGCUGCGAACAAUGCAUCAUCCAUAUAUUCCUUCUUGAAAACUUCACUCAGAAGUUAUUGAUCAGCAAUAUUUCGCAUUCAUUUCCGAUAUGGAUAGACACUUAAGUUCACCUGUAGUGGUGUUUUGGGAUGUUCACUUCUAAUUUCGCAUAUAAAUGGGAAAAUGUCGUUCCUUAGUACAAGGUGACUGGUGAGCCGAGUUCCGGAAGGGUUUGCGGCCUAAUUCAACUAAUGCGCGGUUUUCUACGCAAAGCUCGUCCAAGCGGGGUCGUCUAAUCCUUAAUCCGGGUGCACCUACUAUAGACGGCAACAAAUCAUGACGUCGAACGAGACGCUAGAUGGAAAUUAUGAGCAUGACAAAAGGAUAAAACAGGGUUUUUACACAGUGGCCUUCAUAGUGGGAACUAUAGGCAACGUGCUAGUCUUGAUAGUCGUGGCGGGAAGACGCGAGAGGCGCACAGUCAACGAUAUUUUCAUCCUGAAUCUCGCAAUCUCCGAUCUUACAUACCUCUUCAUCUGUAUCACCACGAACCUGUAUCUAACUGUGGGGACGGUACCCAUGGAGUUUUAUUGCUGGUUUGUGUGGCCAACUAUGACUGUCACUAUAUGUCUAAGUAUCUUUACACUGACUUCCAUGGCGAUCCACCGGCGUAAAGUCAUACUCAAUCCGUUCAAACCGGAGAUCAAGCACCGCUAUGUAUUCAUCUGGAUCGUUGUGAUCUGGAUUAUGGCAAUCCUGAUUGUGAUCCCGAUGCUUCUGGUGACUAGGAUCCUACAGGUCGAGCCGUACGGCUGCAUGGAGGUGUGGCCGAGUAUCGAGUACCGCAAAGCCUAUACAGCAUUCCUGUUCACGUGCCAGUACGCGCUACCGCUGACUAUCAUCGCGGUCGAGUAUGUGCGCAUCGGGCUCGACCUUUUCAGACCACGUGGUCCCAGAGCUCGUGGGGACUCGAAGCGCGAGCGCGCGAACAUGGACCCCGCGCGACGCAAAGAAAACAUGCAGGUGAUUAAGACGCUAGCGACGAUAGUAGUGCUCUUCACUCUAACCAUGCUACCAGCUCAGCUCGGCUGGAUGCUCGUGGACUUUGGCGGGGAGCGAGAAAAGAAAGUAGGGCAGGAGCUUAUUAAGGUGUGCGAGUGGUUAUUGUACACGCAUGCGUGCACUAAUCCCAUUGUAUACGGCACGCUGACGAAGCACUAUCGUAAGGGCUACAUUAAGUACUUGACUAUGAUCUUUUGUUGCCGCUGGCGAGUGCUGUAUAGAAGCCUGAGCUCUUCGGAAAGGUCAAGUCCAAACAAUACAAACGACGAAACGAGUACAAACCAUAUCAGCACAAAGGCAAAAAAGGUGUGGGGGUUCUUGGGCCGAAUGAAUGGACAGAAUGGUCACGUAUCAGGAGCAAGCAAUUCUGACCAAUCGAGUGAGACGCAUAAUCAGACAGAUAGGCUUCUAGAGACAGAUAAGAAUAAAAAUAGCGUAGAGACACGUGAUACAAGAUCGUACAUCACGUGCGAGAAAGAGUCAGUCAUGUGACAAGCUAUUUGAGAGGAAAAGUAUUAGAAAUAGAGCCAUGUUAAACUAGAGUGUACAUCGUGCCUUAAAUCUGGCGCGGUUUUUCGGUUUUUCGUAUUUUUUUCCUCGGUAUUAGGUUUCUCUAAACUGAAAAGUUUACGGUUAAUAGAGACCUUUAGCACCGCGUUUUUUCUCGGAAACGUCAAACCUCUGGGUGUCACGUGAUAAGGCAUUGAGGUCAAGUUUGCGGUCUGCGCGUUUUGACCUCAGGAGCACCGUCUAGCGGUAAGUGAUUUACCUCAGCAGUUUUCCCCUCAAGUUUUCAAUAAGCUCUUGUUUGAGACCAUGAAUUAGUGUUUUUAAUCCUUUGACUCUUGAAAUAAUAUAUUUUCAUUGACAAUUUGCACAAUUAAUAAUACUUUUGCCUCGAUUGAAGUCGAGAACAUGUUUUGCAAUUUUUCCCGCCAAAUGCCACAUUUCCCGCCAAAUGUGCUAAACUACGUUAUCGCUAAGACGCCAAACCGCAAACCGUGAACAGCUAACCGCGGUUUCCCUCUCAUGAAGAAUGAGAUGGUCAUGUGACAAGUUAUUAGAGACGGAAAAGUAUUAGAAAUAGAGCAAUGUGAAAGAGUCAGUCAGAUGAUAAGCUGGGUAAUGUAGUAGGGUCAUGUGUUACUUGGAGUAAAUCAUGCAAGAAAGCUCAUGUAACAAGUUACUGGAGAAUAAUAGGUAUAUGAAUAGAGCCAUGUGAUACUUGAGUGUUCAUCGUGUGUGAGGGAGCGUUAGUUAUCCGUUAGUAAGUCACUGAUUAGCUGAUGUGGUGAAUUCACACGAUGCCUGUGUAAUUAUUUAAUUUAUGACGCAAUACAGUGCGUUCUAAUUAAUCUAUCAGUAUCAUUGUAUUUCGGUUUAACCCAGUAAAACCCCAAAUAACCAACUGGGUUGUCUCGUAAAUUCUAAUUUACCACAGCUGCUAGAGACAGAUAAGCGUAGGAUAAGAACCAAGUAAUAAGUGGUGUUCUAUCACGUAACAAUUGUGUGCAAAUCCAGAGAGAAAUAGUGAUAUGACAUAGCCGCUGACAGAUAAGUGCAGAAAUACACUGAUGUACAUUACAGUCAUGUGCCAUCAGUCAUGUGCCAUCAGUCAUGUGCCAUCAGUCGUGUUCCAUCAGUUAAAAGUUAAAAAAGCUGCUCAGGGAGUAAGAAGGUUGCUGGAAAAUCUUAUUUUUGUAGUUAAAAGAUUUUGAAUUAAAGUCUUGUUAUAUUUUGGGUAUAAACCACUUACAGUAAACUUUGUACAUAAUGUUCAUUAACCAGCAAAGCAAUCAGGCAUUAAUAGAUGUCCACAUGGAUAUGGGGUUAUAACCCAAAAAAUGAGGCCAAAUACAUCAAUGCAUUUGAGAAUAUUUCUCUUUUAUACGCAAGAUGCUGCUCAAAAGUCAUCCACAAAAUAGAUAUGACUAUGGUUGGCACAGUUCUACAUUUAUUGAAAUAGUUGUAUAAUGUCAGUCAAACUUUGUUGGCAUACAAUAUAACCACUCAAUGUAGAUUGUAAAGGCUGAACAGUUAAAAAGGAUAAUAAAUAAAGCAUUUGCAAAGGAAUUAACAUAAAAAACCCGGUUGGAUUCAGUGUCAUGUCAAUAAAGAAAAACUUCUAUUUAAA